AUGUCUUCGGGAGGUCAACGCAUCGAGUCUAGCUUAGAGUCUGGCUCUAGGUCUGAACAAGAAGCCUCUGGGAGUUCUAGCUCCUCUCCUGAGGUAUCUUCGAGGUACAAUACCCAAUCGGAUCGAAGUGAGUCUUCAUUGGUUGAAUUGGCGGAUCGAGUUCGUUCUGAUGGGGCAUCUCCGCGAGGUGAAACUGCGACGUCUCUUCAAAUAGUUCCUUUUGAGGAAGAUGGUCGUGACGGGAGGGCUGUUGAGCAUGUCGAGGAAGAGGGUGAAGAAGAAGAUGAUCAGGGCGGGGAAGAGGAACAAGACGAGGAGGCUAGACCUCGACGUAAAGGUUCCAAGCGCAAGGGAGCCAUCAAGAAUCGCUUAGAAAAUAUUCCGUCACAGAUGACGGUUCAGCGUCUGGAGGAGUUUAGAUCGCGAUAUGGUUUUCGAGGUGAGUUGAUGGCGCCGGGACCCGAAGAUCGGCCAUGGCUAGCUCCAGAGGGCUGGGUCACGCUUUAUGAGGCGUGGUUCAGUCUUUGUCAUCUCUGGUUCCCCCUUCCGAGGUUGUUGAUGGACUACGUCGACCGGAGGGGUAUUGCUUUCUCGCAAAUCCUCCCUGCGGGAAUUCGAUUUAUGGUCGCAGCUCUGCUAUUCGGGAGCGAGGCUGGAGUCGACGUCGAUUGGCGUUUCUUCGAGGAGAUGACCAACGUCCAAAAGAACAACUCGAUCCCGGGCACGUACACCAUAAAAGCCAGGAAGGAUUGUUCCCUGGUUUAUCCUGUCAACAGAACACCAAGCUGGGAGGCAUCGUUCUUCUAUGCGAAGGUGGAUGAGGCAUUGGUCGUCGAUACGACCAGGGUUUUUAGGAGCGAAUGGAGCAGGAACAUCGAUCGAAACGUUCAGCUCGAAGCGUUCCCGGAAAACUAUCACCAGAAUCUUCAGAAGAUCAGGGCUGUUGGGAUACAACAUUGGCCCGAUAUACACCGUCGAAGAGUCGAGGCUGCCAUCACUCGUAUCACGAACACUAGUUGGAGAAGGGAAAAUUCUCUAAGGGAGAGAGCGAUUGCGAUGGCUCCUAUCCAAGUCAACGCACCCAGCCUCGCUGCACGCUUGAAGGCCAAGAAAAGCGGGAGUAAGGAUCGAGGUCCUUCUGCAUCUCGGCCUGCACACACAGAUCCAGUCCCGGCCCGAGAAGAGGUCGAGGUUGUUACUCAACGCGACGUAAAUCUUGAGGUCGCAACAGAAAGUGGGGUCGAGGUUCAAAGUGCCGAAGACCAAGUGUCUACUCGACAAGUAGACGAUGAGGCCGACGAAACCAUGCAGUCGGCGAGGCGCGAGGAGAAGAAACAAAAGAAGAGGAAGCGCGGGGAGAGGAAAAGGAAGGAGGAAGCCGAGGCUGCUCGCCUCGCCGAGAAGAAGAAGGUCGCCGAGGCUAAGGCGAAAGGUAAAAAGAAGAAAUCUUCCGGGGACGGCGACGAUGGCGGUCAAGUUGGAGCGGAGGCUGUGAGCAAGCGGCUUAGGGUUGAUCCAGCUGGCGAUGACAAAGCCAAGGAGAUCGAUUGGAGCUUCAAAUUCGAAUACCCCGAGUCGAGUGAACCGUUUGUCAACAACGUCGACAAAUGUGCUGAGCUAUUCGGGAUGAUAAGAGGCUCCACUUCCGAGGUUCCUCCCGGUACUGAUGGGGCUUUCAAGGAUAUGGCGAGCUUCGCCUUCAAGGUCGAGAAUUCGAUCGCCACCGAGGUCACCCGAGCACAGCGACAAGCUGAUGAGAGGAUCGAGGUGGAGACAACCCGAAUUUGGGCGGAUGCUGAGGCGAAGUAUUCAGGUCGCAUCGAUCGGUUGAGGAUUCGAGUUGCUCAACAAGAGGCGAUCGAGAAGGUUAAGCUCGAUCUGGUUCAGGCUCGAGGUACGCUGGAAUGCCUUGAUCUCUUGAAGGAGCAAGAGAUGUCUGAAGCAGAGUUGAGAGCCGAGCUGGAAUCGUCGAAGCGCGACUGCGAACAGAAUCUCGAUAACCUCAGCUUCACAGAUCUCGAAGAAGGUGACUUGCCUCCGCCUUACCCUGAAACUCCGGAUGGCGGUUCGGAUGGAGAUAAUGCCGAGGAUGGAGAGAACCACGAGGGCGGCAAUGAGCCCGAAGAAUAG